GGUCACCAGCUUCAGCUGGGGAGGCCAGAAGUGCCCUUGCUACCCUGUGAAACUUGGGCUUUCCUUUGUCCUGCAGUUUUUAGCUCUCGUCUGCAAGCUGAAAACUCCCUUCCCUCCUCCCAGCCCAAGACCCUUGUCUCUCUCUGCUUACUGAGUUGUGGGUCUAAAGGUGGUGACUCUGGCGGAGAGCUUGGAGAUGAAGUUCCCGUGCAGAAUCCUCGCAGUGGCCCCUCUGUUCCUACUCCUGCUGCUUGACUCCUCAGCCUCUCCAGCCUCUGACAAUCAGUUCAGCAUGGGCCACUCCAAUGGCCAUCGCUGUGCAGGGUGUGUAGUGGUGGUGUCUGUGAUCACACAGCUGGCUCAAGUUCACAGCUCUACAGUGGAGGCCUCAAUGGAGAGACUGUGUGGCUACUUGCCUGGAAAACUCUUCUUGAAGACCACGUGUUAUGUAUUGGUUCACAUGUUUGGAGCAGACAUCAUAAAGCUGCUUGACGCAGACAUGAAUGCUGAUAUGGUAUGUCACACUCUGGAGUUCUGUAAGCAGGACACUGGCCAACCACAAUGCCAUCUCUACCCCCUUCCCAAGGAGGUAUGGAAAUUGACGCAAGAGAAGGCCAGACACAUUGUCAAGAAGUCCACAACCAUGAAAUAUCUUCAAAGUGGUUCUGAUAUUUGCUCACUCCCAUUUUUGGCCGAGAUCUGUCAGAAAAUUAAAUUAUCUAUACAAACUUCUAUGCCCUUCAAAGAUGUCGACUCAGACAAAUACAGUGUUUUCCCAACGCUGCGGGGCUACCACUGGCGAGGAAGAGACUGUAACGACAGCGACAAGAACGUGUACCCAGGCAGAAGGCCAGACAACUGGGAUGUCCAUCGGGACUCCAACUGCAAUGGCAUCUGGGGCGUUGAUCCUGAAGAUGGAAUUCCCUACGAGAAGAAGUUCUGCGAAGGUUCACAGCCCAGGGGAAUCAUUUUGCUGGGAGACUCAGCUGGGGCUCAUUUUCACAUCCCUCCUGAAUGGCUCACAGCUUCGCAGAUGUCUCUGAACUCCUUCUCCGAUUUGCCAACAGCUCUUACUGAUGAGCUCAACUGGCCCCAGCUCUCCGGUGCUACAGGAUUUCUGGACUCCACCAGUGGGAUGGAAGAAAAAUCUAUUUACCUUCGUUUACGGAAAAGAAACCGCUGUAACCACAGAGAUUACCAGAACAUUUCAAGAAAUGGUGCAUCUUCCCAAAACCUGAAGAAGUUUAUAGAAAGCCUGUCCAGGAACCAGCUGCUGGACCACCCAGCCGUCGUCAUAUACGCCAUGAUUGGAAAUGAUGUCUGCAGCAGUAAGGCCAACCCCAUCCAGGAAAUGACCACUCCGGAGCAGCUCUACUCUAGCGUCAUGGAGACUCUAAAGCACCUCAAUUCCCACCUGCCCAAGGGCAGCCAUGUGGUUUUAUAUGGCUUGCCGAAUGGAACCUUUCUCUGGGAUAAUUUACACGACAGAUAUCAUCCUCUCGGCCAGCUAAACAAAGAUGUGACCUAUGCACAGGUGUUCUCCUUCCUGAGCUGCCUGCAGAUCAACCCCUGCCAUGGCUGGAUGUCCUCCAACAAGACACUCCGGACUCUUACCUCUGAGAGAGCACAACAACUCUCCAGUACCCUGAAAAAAAUUUCAACCAGAGAGAAGUUUACAAACUUCGACCUUCUCUACAUGGAUUUUGCCUUUAAAGAAGUCACAGAGGAGUGGCAGAGAAGAGGUGGGCAGCCAUGGCAGCUCAUUGAGCCUGUGGAUGGAUUCCACCCCAACGAGGUGGCUUUGUCACUGUCAGCAGAAAUUUUUUGGAAGAAAGCAGAGCUCCAGUGGCCCCAGAUCCUGGGAAAGGAGAAUCCAUUCAAUUCCCAGAUUGAGCAGGUGUUUGGUGACCAAGGAGGUCACUGAGCAGCUCCCCUGGGCAGCACAAACCUGGGUAAAUGUACUCACCAGCCCUCCCUGGAGGCUGUCAUCAGGCCCCAUGGGAUUUUCUUCCUACAUCUUUGUAAAGCACUCCCCUCUCUGUACAGAGCACAGCUGAAUGGCAGUGUGAUGCUUUAUGCUUCCAUGAUCCAUUUCCUGCCAGCUGCCCCUGGAAUAACCUUUAAUAAGGGACUUUGGCGACCAUGCCAGGACAGGGUAUUUUUAUGCCCUCAACAGUUAAUUGUUCUUAAAGGAGCUUCUAAAAACACAGACACACCUCUGCAGGACUCUGCCAUUUACACAGGAUCCUAGUGUACCCCGUGAGGGUGACUUCGAGAUAGCCAGGCAAACUGGAGCUCUGCCUAGGAGUACUGCCGACGACGCUCACAAGCAGGGACAGCCCAGGUUCUGGGCUUCUACUCUCAAAACAGAACACAAAACCAUAAAUACAAAAUUAGGUACAAACUCAUAUAGUUAUUUACAAGGAGAAAACAAAUCAUAACUAAUCACAAACCUUUAAAAGCCGGCAAGUACCAUAAGCCUGCAAAGUCCAUAGAAAUAAUCAUUUUUUUCUUUCAAAGUUAUUCUUACAUUCUUUACCUGUGUAAUCUGAUUGCCUCUUCCUUACAACAAUGAUUUUGUGGUAUCUUUGCCUAUAGAAAGAAUUAAAAAAUAAAAUUUGUUGCUUCUUG